AUGGCAAUGAAAACAUCUUUCCUGUUUCUGCUGAGCCUGACAUCACCGCUUUGCUGCACAACACACCAAGCUGCUCUGACUGUGAGUCCCAGCAGAUCUCAGUUCUUUGAGUUAGACUCUGUGUCUCUGAGCUGUGAGGAGAACAACAGCUCUGCUGGAUGGACUGUGAUGAGGAACACAACCAGAGGAACCAGGACUCAGUGUGGAAAGGAAUGGGGGAAAUCAGCUGGUUCUACCUGUAACAUCAGUUAUGUUUUAGAAAGAGACACUGGAGUUUACUGGUGCUGGUCGUCCAGAGAGGGAGCAGCCAGCAGCAGCAUCCAGCUCACUGUCACUGGUGGAUCAGUGAUCCUACAGAGUCCUGUCCUCCCUGUGAUGGAGGGAAAUAACGUCACUCUGAGCUGUCAAACAAAGACCACUCCCUCCAACCUCCCAGCUGCUUUCUAUAAAGAUGGCUCCCUCAUCAGGACUGAGCCCAAAGGUCACAUGACCCUCCACCAUGUGACCAGCUCUGAUGAAGGCCUCUACAGGUGUAACAUCAGUGAUCAUGGAGAGUCUCCAUCCAGCUGGAUUUCUAUUGAAGGUCAGAAGAUCAAUCAGCUUGAAACUCAUAACAUUAGCAUCCCGAGUAGAGUCAAAGCAGAGGCUGCCACCAGCACCCCCUGCAGUGGAAUGCAGUUCUGCUCCCACCAUAAGGACUGGAGUAAGGAGAGGAUUCUCUACAUCCUCUCCGUAGUCAGUUGGGUCAGCAUGGCAACCGAAUACAAGUCCAUAUCGAUAAAAACUGCCUGCUAG